UGAGACUGUCGGCAUUCGCAAGACCGAAUCUGAAUCAUACAUUUUGAAGCACGAGAGUUUAUUUUCAAAAAAAUAUUCAAGUUUUGGCUUUUGAAUUACAUCGCCUAUAUACAAAGCUACCUUCAACUGAAGCAAAUCGAAGAUCCUUCGAACAUCUUUCUACAACUGUUGGACAUGCUCUUGCGACGCCUGAGGAAUUCAGUUCAGAGAGAAUUCAAAAGUAUAUUUCCGCUAUCUUUUUGUUAUAGGGGCAAUGCAAGAUACAACUCUACAGGAGCACAUGGUCAUGCGAAGGACUUCUUAAUGGAAUACAAAGUGAGAUCCUCCUUGGAGAGGCUCAUCUAUCACUACUCGAAUCAACCUUUGAGCAAGUUUUCGAUGCUGAAACUCUAUGAGCAGUCAAGAAAUUUGAAUGAGACAAAUAUUUUACAGGUGGCAAGAGAUGUCGUUGAAUCGCUCUUGGCAUACAACGCAAUGAGGUUGCGCAAUUUUCGGGAUUUGCCAUACUUGGUCAUGUUGAAUCCAUCAAUCUCUGAACUGUACAACAUGUACUUGAAAUCAAUGUCAAUUCUUCUCAAGGCUUCUUUGAAUCCACCAAACACACUCGAAGAGAAUGAGGCUUUUUCCAAUGGUGUUUUGUCGGACUUCAUCGAGAUUCACGCAGAUGCGCUUCCAACAUUGUCAAAGGGAUUUAGCGAAGUCACUCAUCUAUUAACAGCAAAGAAGAUCAAGAGUUUUUUAGAUAAGCACUUGGUAGAGCGAAUCAGUAUGAGAUUGAUUGCACACCAACAUAUACAGCUUACGAAAUCACUCCUGUCCAACACGUUCGAGAACGGGGGUAGCUACAACGGGGUGAUCAAAAUGCUAGAUAUUCGCGAAGUGAUACGCAAAAAUGUAGAGCUUGUCAAUGACAUCUUCCUCAUGAAAUACGAUCUGUCUGUUGCUGUGAAAAUUGACACAAACCUUCAUCCCGGGAGAUUUUGGACUCUGAAAGAACCUCCCACGCUCGAGCCUCGUGAAGACAAUGACGCCUCCAUCCACUUCCCUUAUAUCGAGUAUCACUUGGAGUACAUCCUACAGGAAAUUUUCAAAAACUCUUUUCGUGCUCACAUUGAAAAUAAUGUAAGUGAUCCUGUUCAAAUUACCGUGUCCACCAGUGAAAGUCCCUCAUAUAUGGAACUUAGAAUUAGAGAUAAAGGUAAGGGAAUACCACCGCAAACCCUCCAGCAUAUGUUUGACUAUCUGUUCACGACAUAUGAAUCGAAUGAGGGCGAAGCUUUCAAGACUUUAAACGUGCCUCCCGGCAUGGGUGGGAAUACGGUUGCGGGAAUGGGAUAUGGCCUUCCUCUUCUGAAGAGCUAUAUUGAGAUAUUUAACGACACGGUGUCCCUGGAUACAGCCACGCCUGCUGUAAAGGGGCUGUUGAGUGUGCAGACUUAUUGGGGGUGGGGCACUGACGUUUACUUGAAGACGGUUGGUCAAUAAACACUAUGAGUGUCCGGUGCUUCGAAUUUCAAGCUAUUUUAGAUUGGGAACAUUACAGUGCUACUUAUACAGCCAAACGAGAAGGGUCAUCUCGCUGAGGAUUCUUUACAAGAAAGAAGCCCUACUUUUAAAUUAUUAGAAUGUCAACUAGACUGAUCAACAUAUGUCCCUUCAGAAGUAUAUUCUCGUACACGUGAUCACAUGAGUUCAGGAUCCAUUCAGAUGUGGAUUUUUCAAAAUGAUUCAUUCGCUAUCCUUCAAUUAACAUUUAGUAUAAAUUCGUAAACCCUAGCACAGAGAUGUUUAGUUCGGUUACGGAGAAGUGAC